GUUGCUUAAUCACGUGACCGGAAAAACAGUUCCAAAACAAGAAGCCACAUACGUUAACAGUUGUUUUGUGACUGUCUCACAAUGUUUUACUCGCCUUUUAGCUGAUAUUUGUUACCGACAGAGACGGCAUACUUUUAGUCUUUGCUGCCUACAGAACAUACCGCUGAUUUUCCCGCCAUGGCGGCUCCUCUGUUGGAGUUUGAGACAGAAAUGUUCCUGAGUCUGUUCGGCAGUGAUGGGCUCCUGGUGGUGGCGGAGGGUCUGGGAAUUGACCGCAUUCUACUGCAGUUUAUGAGGGUUUACUCCGAACAGGACACCCUAGUGUUGCUGCUGAACACAACCACAGCUGAACAGGAGUAUUUCACGGAGCAGCUGCGUGUGGAGGGUGUUAACCAUCUGCCCAGGAUGGUGACCAGUGAUGUUCACAGCACAGAGCGUUAUAAUGUCUACACAGAGGGUGGAGUUUUGUUUGUGACCAGCAGAAUCCUGGUGGUGGACUUCCUGACUGACCGCAUCCCGGCUCACCUCAUUUCAGGCAUCCUGGUGUAUCGUGCUCAUAAGAUCAUUGAGUCGUGUCAGGAGGCGUUCAUCCUCCGUCUGUUCAGACAAAAGAAUAAAACCGGCUUCAUCAAAGCCUUCACUGACAAAGCCACAGCCUUCUCCUCAGGCUUCUGUCAGGUGGAGCGUGUGAUGAGGAACCUCUUUGUCAAGAAGCUCUACCUCUGGCCCAGGUUCCAGGCCUCAGUGAACUCAGCACUUGACAGACAUAAGCCAGAGGUGGUGGAGCUUCACGUAUCACUCACACCAACUAUGAGGGCCAUUCAGAGCUCCAUCCUGGACAUCAUGGGUGCCUGUCUGAAGGAACUGAAGCAGUACAACCCCUCCCUGGAGGCUGAGGACCUGUCUCUAGAAAACACACUGGGAAAUGCAUUUGAAAAGACCAUACGCCACUAUCUGGACCCCCUUUGGCACCAGCUAGGUGCCAAGACCAAGGCCCUGGUGCAGGACCUAAAGGUGCUGAGGGUUCUUCUUCUCUACCUCACCCAGUACGACUGCAUCACCUUCCUCAAUCUGCUGGAGUCUCUGCGCUCCAGCCAGAAAAGUUUUGGCUUCAAUUCAGGCUGGUUGUUCCUGGACUCCAGUACCUCCAUGUUUGUGAAUGCAAGGAGUCGAGUGUAUCGCAUCAGCGAGAGCAAGAAGAAGCUGAAAGUCGGAGCAGAAGCAGAGAAACAGAAGUGUGCAUCAGAGGUAAAACGACAGCUGGUGCUGGAGAAGAGCCCAAAGUGGGAGGCUCUGACCGAGGUGCUGAAAGAGAUUGAGAAGGAGAACAAAAACUCUCAGCUGGAGCCAGGUCGAGUGCUGAUUUGCGCCAGUGAUGAUCGAACCUGUGCCCAGCUGCAGCAGUACAUCAGACAUGGCAGUGAUUGGCUGCUCAACAGGCUCUAUGCACGUACAGUCGGUAAAAGAGACUCUGCUGCUGCUGCUUCCUUACACUUGGACUUGCACAGAAAAGAUAAAAAUGGCCUCAAAAAAGGAACCAAGGGGAAGGAACCUAUACAGAAGAAAAUCACCAGGACAAAGAGUAAAAGCAGACCAUCGCUGACCCUGACCCAGAUGGUGGGGAAGGAAGAGUCAAAGGAGGCACUCAUAUUGGGCAGCAGUGAGGAUGAAGAGGAUCUAAUGGAGGAGGAGGAAGAGCAAAUGAAGUUGGACUUGUCCUCAGACGCUUACUACGGCAUCCUGAAGGAGCCACUGACCGUUAUCCACCCUCUGAAAGGCUGCAGUGACCCCCAUAGCCUGACACGGGUGCUGCACGAGGUGGAGCCCAGCUUUGUGGUGCUGUACGAUGCCGAAGUGAGUUUUGUGCGACAACUGGAGAUCUACAAAGCCUGCAGACCCGGAAAACCUCUCCGGGUUUAUUUCCUCAUUUAUGGAGGCUCCACAGAAGAGCAGAAGUACCUGACAGCACUCUCUAAAGAAAAGAGGGCCUUUGAACACCUCAUCAGGGAAAAGGCUGUUAUGGUCAUUCCAGAGGAGAGGGAAGGACGAGAGGACACCAACCUAGAUCUCGCUAGAAACUUGGAGCCCGCUAAUGCAACGACCAACACCCGUAAAGCAGGAGGUCAGGAGCAGCCCAAAGAACCAUCCAGAGUCAUCGUGGACAUGCGAGAGUUCCGCAGUGAACUGCCCUCCCUGCUGCACCGCCGCGGACUGGACAUCGAACCCGUCACCUUAGAAGUGGGAGACUACAUCCUUACCCCGGACAUCUGCGUGGAGCGGAAGAGUGUGAGUGAUCUGAUUGGCUCACUGCAGAGCGGACGCCUCUACACCCAGUGUCUCUCCAUGACCCGCUACUACAGGAAACCGGUGCUGCUGAUUGAGUUUGACCCAGCCAAGCCGUUCUCUUUAGCGGCACGCACAGAGUUCCGUAAUGAUAUAUCAUCCAAUGACAUCUCCUCAAAACUCACCCUUCUCACUUUGCACUUCCCUCGUCUCCGGAUUCUCUGGUGUCCAUCCCCACACGUCACGGCUGACCUUUUCCUGGAGCUGAAGCAAGGACGUCCUCAACCAGACGCCACGGCGGCCCAGGCCAUCACAGCAGAGUCCGACACUGUGACCGAAUCGGCGUCACUCUACAACCCUGGACCUUAUGACUUUUUACUAAAAAUGCCUGGAGUUAGUACUAAAAAUUACAGGUCUCUGAUCAAAAACGCUGACAGUCUGGCUGACUUAGUCAGACUCAGUCAGGAAAGACUUAUAGAAAUUCUGGGGAACACCCAAAAUGCCAAAUUACUGUAUGACUUCCUGCAUAAUGUAGCUGACGUUCCUGUUCCCGUGCAGAAGAACAGACAGACGUCCAAAGAGAAGAAGAAAUAAUUCUGCAAAUGAAAUGAAAUGUGAAGUCGUGUACACAUCAGCAAUUCCUAGUGAAACUGAAUAUUUUUAUCGUGAAGUAGUUGCCUAGUUUUCUAUUGUAGGAGAAAUUGUGUAAUUUACUCAGUUAAUGUGUUGAAAUUCUCAAACUCAUUCUCAAACUCAAAACAUUUUUAAUACCACCUUUGAUAAAUAUUUAAACGUUGAAACAAUGGACUUCUAUAUGUUCUAAUGGUAUAUGUACUAAUGGUAUUUAUUAAAUAAAUAAUCCUAGCCUUCAGGAAUAACAUCUAGUGAUUAGUUUUAUCUUUGGAAAAUUGAAAUAUUUUUCUUACAUGAUGAAUUAAAGAUACGGACAGACUGUGUUAGA